AAUACUGCAACUGCAAGGUUGGGAUGAUCUAUCGUUGCUUGUAGUAUCCUAUGCCACAGCCGGCUUUUGGCAGAUAUACGCCUAGUCAAAGUAAAUAGUGGGGCACAAUCCCAUUCCCGCUCAGCAGGAUGAUCGAGUCUUCGCCACUGAAAAACAUAUUUAUCUCGUAUAUAUGUAUGGCCUUGAUAUGGCUCAGCUCACAGAUUGACGGCUUUCCGAGCCAUGUCAUACUAUCCUUAGCGGUAACUACACCACCUACUUACUACCUGCUACUGCAACAAGAUGGCGCUGAAAAAAAUUCUACACCUCCCGUUCGAUCGGCAACUAAGCCUAAGCCUAAGACCGCUUCUAAGAUAGACUCUGGUGCUUUAUUAGGAAAGAAACUUAAACAAAAUACUUCUAAAGGAAAUGAGAAAAUCACCAGCGAAUGCGGAACGCCGGAGUAUUCACCGAUAAAGACUUGUGGAGAGAAGGAUUUUCAACCGGUG